AUGGUGCGCUGGGGCUGGCGCCGCUCUCGCGAGGUCUUCCCAGCUGCCUGUGCUCAUCCGAGUUGGCAGAUGCCGUUCGGCCACUGCUCUCACUGCAGUGAGGUCUUUUCGCAUCUCCAGCGUUUCCUAGCGGAGCUGAGAAAACUCUGCACGCCAGUCAGCACCUAUGGGGUUCUUAAGGAGGUCCCCAGUAAGUUCCUCGAUCGAUUUGAGGUGCAACAAGACCUGGGUGGGCACACGGUGCCCUGCUUGCUUGUCUAUAAGAUAGUAACUGCUUUGUGUCGUGGUUGGCGUUCAAUAGUCUGGCUGUGGUGUCUGCGGGUGCCGUGCGGCCAGCCCCUCCUGAGAGGGUCGGCCACGCGGAUGCCGGCACUGGCAUGCUGA